CCGCACCGCUGGCGACUGCCUUAUCCGAUUCCCUCUACGCCUUCCACUCAUUUCCCUUUCGCCUCCCUCUCGCUCAAUUCGAUCCUCCCGCCUUAACCCGACUCCCUCACCCUUCCAACUCGAAGCUGGACUACUCGUAGCUAGCGCUGCCCUCCCUCCAUUUCGCCUCUUGUUUUUUUCAGGAAAAAAGGCUUGGUUGUUGUUGUUGUUGUUGCUAGGAAGAAAGAGUUUUGGAACAUUCGAACAUCUACAAUGCAAAGAUUAAAGCACCAUGCAAGCUUGUGUUUUUAGGUUGCCUUGUUAAAUUUUGGCCAUAGGCAUGAGGUCUGGUCUCUCGACAAAUUGUUUUUCCACUGAGGGAAGCUUUUUAAAUCAUGUCAUCAAGUACAAUAGGAAAUUGGGGAGUGUUUGCUGGUACCGUCACUAUGCUACAGAAAAAUCAUGGUCCAAUAGAGGAGCAGCAAGGAUGAAUAUUUGGCCUAAAUCUCAGAUGAAUAGUGGGAAAUUGGAGUGCAAUGAAAAUGCUGUCUCUGUUGGGAGGAAUAUUGUUGCAGCAACUAUAUUUACUGCAUUUAAAUCUAGUUCUGAGAAUAAUGGGAUUAAAUUGCCAAGGUCACUUUGGUCUCCUAUUAUUAACCAAUGGCAUCGUUUGGAUCUGAUGAUUAUCUCAGUAUUCUUAUCAUGUACUGUUCUAUUUGUUCCAUCAGUUGAUGCAGCUGAUGCCCUCAAGACAUGCUCUUGCCUUCUGAAGGAAUGCAGGGUGGAAUUAGCUAAGUGCAUUGCUAACCCAUCUUGUGCUGCAAAUAUUGCAUGUUUGCAGACCUGCAAUGACAGACCUGAUGAGACUGAAUGCCAGAUUAAAUGUGGAGACCUCUUUGAAAACAGUGUUGUCGAUGAAUUCAAUGAAUGUGCAGUAUCAAGCAAGAAAUGUGUUCCAAGAAAGUCUACUGUAGGCGAAUUUCCAGUACCUGAUCCAUCUAUUCUUGUCAAAACAUUUAAUAUAUCAGAUUUCAGCGGAAAGUGGUUCAUAACAAGUGGUCUGAAUCCUACUUUUGAUACUUUUAACUGCCAGUUACAUGAGUUUCAUGUGGAAUCUGACAAGCUUGUUGGAAAUUUAUCAUGGAGGAUAAGCACACUAGAUGGUGGUUUCUUCAACAGAUCUGCUGUCCAGAGAUUUGUACAAGAUUCUUCACAGCCUGGGAUUCUAUACAAUCACGAUAACGAGUACCUCCACUAUCAAGAUGACUGGUACAUUAUAUCAUCCAAGGUCGAGAAUAAAGAAGAUGACUACAUAUUUGUAUACUACCGAGGUAGAAAUGAUGCCUGGGAUGGAUAUGGCGGUGCAGUUGUAUACACCAGAAGUGCAGUAUUGCCUGAUAGUAUAGUUCCUGAGUUAGAAAAGGCAGCAAAAAGUAUUGGACGAGACUUUAGUAAUUUCAUCAAAACAGACAAUACCUGCGGCCCCGAGCCUCCCCUCGUCGAACGGUUGGAGAAAACAGUUGAGGAGGGCGAGAAAACAAUCAUAAGAGAAGUCGAACAGAUAGAAGAAGAAGUUGAGGAGAUAGGUAAGACUGAAGUGACAUUGUUUCAGAAGCUUUCUGAUGGAUUUAUGGAGCUUGAGAAGGAUACAGAGAACUUAUUGAAGGGGCUAAGCAAAGAAGAGAUACAGAUAUUGGAUGAUCUAAAGAUGGAAGCAAAGCAAGUGGAGAAAAUUUUCGGUGGGGCUUUGCCGAUAAGGAAGCUUCGAUAACUAACUCAGAGAAAGUAAUCUAUGAAGAUUGAAAGGCCAUUUUCCAUUUGGUUUCUCAAUGUCAAGCGAGUAAAGAAAGGCCAUUUUUCAACAUCAAACAAGAUAUCCAGCUUAUCCCAUGGCACACACCAUUGCUACACUAAACUGAAAUAGAGAGUAUCGCAUGUACAACCUUCGAUCUUGAACUUUUAUGCUUCUUCCAAAAUGAAAUUUAUCAGUAAAUUUGUAAUUAUUUACUCAGAUGUCAUAUAGGUAAACUGUGAUUAUUCAACAGUGGGUUAAAAUAACUGAUACAUAGAUAAAUAUAAACAAAUAGCACUUUUGGGUGAUCAGAAAAUGAAUUGAUUUUUUUUUAAAAGUAAA